UAACAUAAUCAGGUCCUUGAUCUCAUCAGCAUUUAAUUCAAAAUGCGCGAUGAUGGUCGAGAGAGAUGGAACAUAAGAAAGAGAGAGAGGGAAAGAUAGAGGGAGAAGUUUGGCUGUAGCAAAAAUCAGUAUAGGGGAGUUCUGUCGCCCAAACUGAUCAAUAGGAGGGCGCACACUGGCCCAGGGCCUGAAACAAGACAACAGCUACACGAUUGAGACAAGCUGGGACACAGGGCAGCACAAAGAGCAGUGAAACUUUGAGCAGAGGUACAGGAAGAGCAAAACACAUGCGUAUAGCUAGAAGAUUCCAAGCAGAACCCACAUGAUCCUGGUACUCUGAAAGAAGGAUGUGGAUGCUUUGAUCCUGAAAGAAGGUACAUGUACAAGUCUUCAAAUUGGGCAUCAGACCAGUUACAUCCAAGUCAUCCGGAAAGCAGAAUAACCAUGGCAACCAACAGCACAAACAGCAAUGUGGUGCAUCGCAGCAAUGUCCAAGGAUCCCACAGCAACCCUUCUCCCAGAGAGAAUGGUUCUGUCAGACAGGAUGCCAAUCACAUAGAAGAAGCACAGCAGUUGGCAAGACAUGUAGAGCGGAUGAAGGCAGAGGUUACUGAGCAAGUCAUGGCCCAGAUGAGUGAAGUCUUGGAAAAGGCAUUUACAGACUCACUGCAGUCCUUGUCCCAGAGCAUAUACUCAGGCACAGAUCCCACACACUCGCAUGCCAAUGCGAAUGUUAGGAGACACAGAAUGGAGGAUGGAAAGGUGUUUGUGGCCAGGCAGUCCAUACUUGAUGAGCUGUUUGAGAUCAGCCACAUUAGGACCAUCUACCACAUGUUUAUUGCUGCUCUAUUCCUCUUCAUCAUCAGCACACUGACAGUGGACUACAUUGACCAGGGAAGGCUUGUUCUGGAAUUUGACUUGUUCUUCUACGCCUUUGGCCAGCUGGGCACUGUCAUUUGGGCCUGGACCAUCAUGUUUGCCUACACCCUCCUUGUACUAUAUUAUAUUCUCAGCCAGUGGGGCCACCUGUACCACCACAGUCAGUGGAAGAUGACAGUUUCAGUCACCUCAGCUGUAGCACUGCUGAUGGCCCAGAUAGGCAUGCUGGGAUACUUCCCCGUGCAUGUGGUCCUGCUCUACCAGCUUCCACCAGCAUCGUGCAUCAUCGUCAUUCUUGAGCAGAUCCGAUUCCUGAUGAAGAGUUAUUCCUUUAUCCGUGAGACAGUGGUGAUGGUCCUCAGAGCCAAACCUGAGAAAGGUAAUGCUUUCAGGUUCCCUACUCUAUCCAGCUAUCUAUACUUCCUAUUUUGCCCAACUUUGAUCUACAGGGAGACUUACCCACGAAAUCCUUAUAUCAGAUGGAACUAUGUGAGGAUGAAUUUUGCAAAGAUUUUUGGCUGUCUGUUUUACCUGUACUUCAUCCUGGUGCGCCUGUGCAUCCCUGUGUUUAUGAAUGACAAGAAUCUGCCAUUCAGCACACGCACUCUGGUUCUGGCUAUGUUCCACUCCACCUUACCAGGUAUGCUGAUGCUUCUGCUGGUAUUCUUUGCCUUUCUGCACUGCUGGCUUAAUGCCUUUGCUGAGAUUAUGCGGUUUGCUGACCGGAUGUUCUACAAGGACUGGUGGAACUCCACCUCAUUUGCUAACUACUACCGCACUUGGAAUAUUGUUGUGCACGACUGGCUUUAUUAUUAUGCUUACCGAGAUUUCCUCUGGCUGUCGGGCCACCGAUUCCGUUCCGUGGCCACGCUGUCUGUGUUUGCGGUGUCAGCUUUUGUCCAUGAAUAUGCUAUAACCAUGAGCUUUGGAUUCUUCUAUCCUGUGAUGUUCUGUCUGUUUGCUGUCAUUGGAGUGGUGUUCAACUUCACCCUGAACGACAAGCUCCAGAGCCCUGUGUGGAACAUCAUCAUGUGGAUAUGUCUGUUCAUUGGCCAAGGAGUGCAGGUGUGCCUCUACUGCCUGGAGUGGUAUGCCCAAGUGCAUUGCCCACGUACUGGGACCAGUUUCUGGGAGUUCAUAACACCAAGAUCGUGGACAUGUAGCUAUAAGUAAUUACAACAAAUGCUACACUAUGGAGUUUUUGGGUAUGAUAUCUGCUAAUGAAGUGUGAUAUCUGCAGUAGCACAAGGCAACAUAUCACCAAUACCAUCAUCAUCGUCGUCAUCAGAGAUGCUCUUCUCAUUUAGAAAUCAGGUUUCUGUGUGGAUAUAUCACACCAUUUGUUUUAUUGAUCUGGCAUGUGUGGGAAUGUGUGGGAAAACAGGCCAAGUGAUUCAUCAGUAUCAUCAGUUAGAUACGCUUUAAAGUUUGCUCUUGAGACCGAUGAAAGAGGUGGUACAAUGCUAAACUGUAUUCUUAAUUUAUGUUCUUUUUGGUUUUUAGAUCUA